CUUCCCAGUCCCCCCACCGCCGCCACGAACCUGCUCUGACAAGAACUCUGCUCAAGCCCGCUCCAUGGUCCCCGUCAUCGACAUGGACUCUUUUCCCGUUCCGCCAGCCGAAGGCACCACCUAUAGAAAAAGGAAUCGAGUCGAUCGAUCCAAAUCCCGGACCAGACCGGAUCGCGGCGGUGCCACGACAGGUUGCCGGUCUGCAGUCCUCCUCACGGGACAAGCUGCGUUCGCGGUGCGCUCUUGCUGCUUGCCGGCUUCGACGGUGUGGGCCGGGACGCCGCCCUUCCGCAGAUCCGCAAUCGAGUCGUGCGUCCAAUCUGCCGCCUCCCCUCGACGUCCACGGCUCUGUGCUCUUCCGUGUUCUCUCCUAGCGCAGGCUGUGGGGGCGCUACGCCGCUAUCUGCCGGCUCCUCAUACAAGAGCGAUGGACAAACUGAGCCCUGUGGGAAACAAUUGCAUCAGCUCAGGGACGUCCAGCGUUUCUCCUCGAUGUUUCUUUGCACGCCUCAUCUCCAAGCAUGAAGCCUCGGCGAGAUGGUCUGGUUUUGGUACUAUGUUGAUAGCAAGGGUGCAAGGCUCAAGGGAAGCAGUCGGUUCUGUAGUUCUUUGUAUGCUUAUGGUAUCUUGGACGAGGGUUGAGGAAGCUGCUGAGUUAGCAUGGCGGGCUUUUAUCACAAACUAUUCUGCGACAGAGCUAGUGGUGGCUGUGUUCCUGGUGCUCUGGCGGCAGCUUAGCCGCCCUCAGGACCGGGACGUCAUCAGCACCCUCCUCGCCGACCUUCGAUCGAUGGCCUUCCGCUUGGCGCCCCCGCUUCCCCCGCCACCCCCGGAGCCCGACUAGAUGCUGGGUCACUCUCGGCGCGUGUGCCUUUUUGUUUUCUUUUAGGGGCUUGUUGAGCUGUGCCCUCAGCAUUAACCCUUUCACUGCUUAUUUAUCUGGAACUUGCGUGUGUGUGUGUUUGUGGUCUUGAACCUUGUUGGAUGUUGGCUUGGGCAUUUGCUUUAUAUAUAAAGCGGGGCGAAAGCCUUUUUCGGUAAAUCACAUACACAACUGUUUAUUUGA